GGCUCCCUUGGCUCCCUCGUCCCUCUGCUGUCCUCCACAUUCCGAACCCUAACCGCCACCCGCCCCAACUCCACCGUCGAUUGAGGAGCGAUGACGAUGAUUUGGCUGUAGUGACGACCUCAUCACUCUACGGAAGAGGUCAUGGCUACCAAGAAGAUAAUUGCAAUAUGUCAGUCUGGAGGUCAGUUUAAAACUGACAAAGAUGGUUGUUUGUCAUAUAAAGGUGGUGAUGCUCAUGCUAUUGACAUUGAUGAUCAAAUGAAAUUCAACGAGUUCAAAGGGGAAGUAGCAGAAAUGUUUAAUGUCAAUGCUGAUAGCAUGUCGGUAAAAUAUUUCCUUCCCGGAAAUAGGAAGAUUCUUAUUUCAAUUUCCAAUGACAAGGAUCUCCAAAGAAUGGUUAAGUUUCAUGGGGAUUCGAGUAUUGUUGACAUCUAUAUCCUUAUAGAUGAGCUAGUUGCCCAUGAGGUGUCAAACAACAUGCCUGCCAGUAGGUCAAGCAGAACUACUUUGUCUGAAACAGUGGUGCCAAUCAAUACCUCUCCAACACUUGAUGUUAUGCAUGAUGUCAUAGAUGACACCAUCCAGCCAAUGAUUCCAAUCGAUGCUCCACCUGACGGUGUUGAUGAUAGCAAUCAAAUGGAUAUGCAUAUAGACAUUCCUAUUGAAGUUUCUCGUGUUCUCCCCAUUGAAUCCUCAAAUGAUGAAAAGCGUGCUAAAGGGGCACAACAAUGGCAGAAUACUAUAACGGGUGUGGGUCAAAGGUUCAACAGUGUACAUGAGUUUCGGGAAUCAUUGCGGAAAUAUGCAAUUGCUCACCAAUUUGCCUUUAAAUAUAAAAAAAAUGAUAGCCAUCGUGUGACUGUCAAAUGUAAAGCAGAAGGUUGCCUUUGGAGAAUCCAUGCGUCAAGAUUGUCAACUACUCAGUUGAUAUGUAUCAAGAAAAUGCAUCCAACUCAUACUUGUGAAGGGGCUGUGGGAACGACAGGGCAUCAAGCAACUAGGAGUUGGGUGGCCAGUAUAAUAAAGGAGAAACUGAAAGCUUAUCCUAACUAUAAGCCCAAGGAUAUUGUUAAUGACAUCAAACAAGAAUAUGGAAUUCAGCUUAACUACUUCCAGGCUUGGCGGGGGAAGGAGAUUGCAAGGGAGCAGCUUCAGGGUUCAUAUAAAGCAGCAUAUAGUCAGUUACCUUUCUUUUGUGAGAAAAUAAUGGAGGCCAAUCCCGGAAGUCUAGCUUUGUACACUACAAAGGAAGACUCGAGCUUCCAUCGUCUCUUUCUAUCAUUUCAUGCUUCUUCGCAUGGUUUCCAACAGGGUUGCCGACCGUUGAUUUUCCUUGAUAGCAUUCCAUUGAAGUCAAAAUACCAAGGAACCUUGUUAGCAGCAACAGCUGCCGAUGCUGAUGAUGGUGUAUUCCCUGUUGCUUUUGCCAUUGUUGAUGCUGAAUCUGAUGAUAACUGGCAUUGGUUUUUACUUCAGCUCCAAUCGGUGCUGUCAACAUCUUGUCCCAUAACGUUUGUUGCAGGCAGUGAGCACAGGCUAAAAGAUUCAAUUGCCGAGAUAUUUGAAGGCUCGUUUCAUGGAUACUGCCUCCGAUACUUAACUGAGCAACUAUUUAGAGACUUGAAAGGACAGUUUUCUCAUGAGAUAAAACGAUUAAUGGUCGAGGAUUUAUAUGCUGCUGCUUAUGCAGCCAAACCUGAAGGCUUCCAAACCAGUUUGGAUAACAUUAAAAGUAUUUCUGUAGAUGCUUAUAAUUGGAUUGUGCAAAGUGGACCUGAGAAUUGGGCGAAUUCAUUUUUUCAGGGUACUAGGUAUAAUCACAUGACAUCAAACUUUGGUGAACUGUUCUAUAGUUGGGCUUCAGAUGCAGAUGAAUUACCAAUAACACAGAUGGUUGAUGUGAUAAGAAGUAAGAUCAUGGAGUUGAUUGUUGCCAGAAGAGAAGCAUCUGAUCGAUGGGUGUCUAGGCUGACUCCGUCCAUGGAGGAAAAGCUUAGUGCAGAAAGCCGGAAAGCUCAUUCACUUCAAUUUGUAUUAUGUGGCAGCAGCACCUAUGAAGUUUGCGGUGACACCAAUGAGGUGGUCGAUCUCGACCGAUGGGAAUGUAGUUGUAAAGCCUGGCAGCUGACUGGAAUACCAUGCUGCCAUGCUAUUGCUGUUAUCAGUGGAAUCAACCGGAGUGUGUAUGAUUUUUGCUCUAGAUUUUUCACAAGCGAGAUAUACAGAUUGACUUAUUCAGAGGCGGUGCUGCCAAUUCAAUAUGUAGAUGCGCCUGCUGCAAAAGAUUCUCAGCUUUUGGUAACAGUUACACCCCCUUCUACCCGACGACCACCAGGCCGACCGGCAACAAAGCGAUAUGGCUCUGAAGAUGUAGUCAAGCGCCAACUCCAAUGCAGCCGAUGCAAAGGAUUAGGGCACAACAAGUCCACUUGCAAGGAGCAAUCAUAGUGUUAGAUACCCUAGGUGUAGAAAGAUUCGAUCUUGUAUCUAGUUCACUGCCCUUACUGCCUUUCACUCCACUCUAUUGAGAAUUAAUUUAACUAUUUUUCUUCUAAUUUUCUUGACAGAGUUUCAGCACAUUAUGGGUGGCACAGGGAACUCUUGAAUGGACUGCAAAAAAUAAAUUGUUCAAUGAAAUAAGGGAAACAUACUAGUUUUAUGGUAGCCAAAACUAGCCAUGAUUCUUUCUGCGGUAGUAUUAUUACUAAAAUUCUAGUCUUAAGAACUAUUAGCGAACUUGUACAACUUUGAUGGCCAAGGAUUUGGCGUCCUUUUCUGAAGGAUGGCGACAGAGGAAAAAAAAAGAGCAACGGAAACAAAAGAGACGAUGGAAACAAUAAGACAGAGAUAAGGGAUUAAUAGUUAUUUUUCCGGGUUCGUCUAAAAUCAGCUCGAAUAUUUUGAGCUUAUCUAAAGUAUUGGAUUGCACCAUAAAAUUUAAAGUAUUGGAUUAGAUUGAUAAAAGAUCUAAUGGUUCAAAUUUAAUCUAUAAAUAACUCAUUAAAAAUUAUACUAAAAGAAUAAGUCUUUUGAUAUUUUAAAUUUGCCCCAAAUAUUUGAUAGAGAUUCAACAAUAAAACUCUAGUUUCGGCAAAGGUUGCUGCCACUGAAGACCUUUCCUAGCAAAAAAAAUCCUUUCGACAACCCUAGGGAAGAACUCCGCCGACAGCUCUUCCUCUUUCGUUCCUGGUUGCAUGAUUGUCGACGAUGAGGAAAAUGACUAGAUUAACAAUAUGUAUGUCAGAGAACCUAAUGGUGUUGCUAAUGAAGAAAUUGAUGUGAAUGACUCAAAUAUUUAUCUUGAGUUGGAAGAUUUGAUCACUAGGCCAACAGAUUGGGUUGGUUCUGCAUCUGCUGGUGGCUUGGUGGGGCAAACUAGUUGAAUCUUUACAUAAAUGAAUGCGUUGACAAUGGUUGCAAAGAGGGUGUUUGUGCACAUCUCUACUACAACCAAAAGGAAAAGAGCUCAAUAUUUUAAGGCUCUUUAAUUGCUAGCUUCAAAAGCAGUGACCACAUGACUCCGAUGCUUGCGCCAGUAUUACAAUAUUCUUAAUAGGGUCCAAAAUGUUAAUACUAUGUUUAGUUUAGUCUACCAGUUCCUUGUGUUUCCUUUGUUUCCUUGGUGGUAGGACCUAGUUAUUCGUUUCUCCUGCGUGUAAGAAUUCGCAUAUGCCUGUUCAUACCUUAGCCUCGUAUGUUGAAAUAGUUCCUAAUUAAUAACCUCUGAUGUAUAGAGAAUGCUUUUGUAAAAUUGUAGUAACUUGGUUUACCAAAGAAGGAUGUAAUAAUUCACGACGCCGGAAGAUGGGCUGAGACUGGCAGCGAGUGCUGCGCUGGACGGCGACGGCAGAGACCAGAGAAGAGUGGAAUAGGUGGCGGUGGUUUUGUGGAUAGAGAGGAGAGUGCAGUGAAUUUACAGAGGAAAGAAAUUAGGUUCUACUGUAUGAAUUUUAAAAAUAUUUGUGAUAAAUGUGAAAAAAUAAUAAUUAUAAGAGAAAAUUUCA